AUGGCUGCCCAGGAAUACCUGCGCCGCCGCUCGCUCCGCGCCAACGUCUCGGGCCGCAGCAAGGCCUCGGCGCUGACGCUCCGCCAGUCGCUCUUCCCGCUCUGCAUCGUCACGGCCCUCUUCUUCCUCUGGGGCUUCAGCUACGGCCUGCUCGACACGCUCAACGCCCACUUUCAGCGCGUGCUGCACUUUACGCCCUCGCGGUCUUCUGGCCUGCAGGCGGCUUAUUUCGGAGCGUACCCCCUCGCCUCCAUCGGACACGCCGCCUGGAUCUUGCGCCACUACGGCUACCGCGCCGUCUUCAUCUGGGGCCUCUGCCUCUACGGCAUCGGCGCCCUCUGCACCAUUGCCGCCCUCAAGGCACAGUCGUUUGGCGGCUUCUGCGCAUGCAUCUUCAUCAUUGGCAACGGCCUCGGCUCCCUCGAGACGGCCGCCAACCCCUACAUCACAGUAUGCGGUCCUCCGCGCUACGCGGAGCUGCGCCUCAACCUCUCCCAGGCCUUCAACGGCAUCGGCACCGUCGUCGCCCCCGUCUUGGCCUCCAAGGUCUUCUUCGCCUUUAGCGACCAAAAAGCCCAGGACAACGUGCAGUGGGUGUACCUCGCCAUUGCCGUCUUUGUCUUUAUACUCGCCGCUGUCUUUUUCUUUGCCGACAUUCCCGAAGUCACCGACGCCGACAUGGAAUUCCAGGCCGAGGAAACCGACGCCCAAGCCAACGACAAGCCCUUUUGGCAGCAGUACAAGCUCUUCCACGCCGCCUUUGCCCAGUUCUGCUACACGGGCGCGCAAGUCGCCAUUGCCAGCUACUUCAUCAACUACGCCAUCGACACGCGCCCCGGCACCUCGCGCAGCCUCGCCGCCAACCUGCUCGCCGGCGCCCAGGCUGCCUUUGCGCUCGGCCGCUUCGCCGGCGUCUUUGUCAUGCGCUUCGUGCGCCCGCGCUACGUCUUUGGCGUCUUCCUCACCGGCUGCAUCGUCUUUUCCAUCCCCGCCAUCACCGGCCGCGGCGCCACCGGCAUCGCCAUGCUCUACGUCGUGCUCUUCUUCGAGUCCGUCUGCUUUCCCACCAUUGUCGCCCUCGGCAUGCGCGGGCUCGGCCGCCACACGAAGCGCGGCAGCGGCUACAUCGUCGCCGGUGUGGUGGGCGGUGCCUGCGUGCCGCCGCUCAUGGGCAAGGUCAUUGAUAUGCACGGCUCCGGCACCGCCAUGGUCGUGCCCCUGGCCUUCUUCGUCGUCGCCUGGACGUAUGCCCUCGCCGUCAACUUUGCGCCCGCAUAUAAGCGCGUGAUUGACUCGUGUAAUGACACCAAGAUUGGCAUCGAGACGGGAGGAGAAGAGGAGCCGCAGGUCAAGACGAAGACGCCGUCGUUAUAA